GUGCUUCCGGAGCAUCGCUGAAAACCGGAAAACUACUUUUUGAAACAUGGCGGUGGACGCACAGAAGAACAACAACAAAGCUGGAAAACCGGCUAAAAAAGAGCCUCAGCCGCUCAUCAUUGCCAAAACCCCGGCUGAAGAACAACGAUUAAAGUUGGAAAAGUUGAUGCGAAACCCCGACAAGCCUGCUCCUAUCCCAGACCGACCAAAAGAAUGGAAUCCGAGGGCUCCACCAGAGUUCGUGAGGGACGUGAUGGGUUCAAGCGCCGGGGCAGGCAGCGGGGAGUUUCACGUUUACCGUCACCUCCGUCGCAGAGAGUACCAACGACAAGACUUUCUCGAUAAAAUGUCUGAAGUCCAAAAUAAAAACGAAGCAUAUCUGGAAAAGCUGGAGAAGAACAAGCAGGCAGCGGAGGAGAGGACGGCCAAACGGAGGAAGAAACGAGAGAAACUCAAGCAAAAGAAGUUAGCUGCGAAGAAAGCUAAACAAGAUGCUAAAAACAAAAAUGACGAAGGGGAUGGUGAUGAGAAAACCUCCGAUAGCAGCGAAGAGGAGGACGAGGAGGAGCGUGAGGCAGAGGAUGAUGCUGAGGUCCCAAGCUUCAUCAUGAGAAAGAAAUGACUUUUAAACGACAAACUGAUACAGAUUGUGUAAGACCGUCGAUAACUUAAAUGGGCAAAACUAGGCGCCAGUUUCUAGACCCUAGUCAUGAUUGGGAAAGAUUGUAUAUUUGUCCUGGCCAUUUUAAACAUCUCCCUGAAGUAUUUCUCAGCAUAAUGUAUGUAAUCAAUUAUCUUUUACAUUUGCUGUUAAAAAUGUAUUCUGUGAAGCUAAUACAAAAAAAGCAGUCAAUUUACAAAGUUUUAUUCAAACUGACAAGAUUGAAGCUGUCACAUGAAAUGUCAGAGAAUGUUCAGUUAAAAUGUAAAAGACUAAACUAAUUCGAGCAGUUAAGAGACUGUCUAGUUUAACAGGCAAAAGUAAGUUCCCCUCUGGCCAUUAUUAGUUUGUGUUGUCGAAAUUAAGAAAAUAUUUACUGUUUUAAUAAAAUGUCUUUGAUACAUGA